AUUUAGCAUGAAUAAAAUUUCAAAAGCAAGCAAAAACUCGGUUGCAGCAUCCACAAAAGCAUUAAAUUACUUUAAGAAAUUUAAAAUCACAAGAGAAUUUGUUAAGAAAUUGAAGGAGAAGAGAGCUAAGACUAAACAACAAGAAAAGAUUGGGCUUAACACCUUACCCAAGUCAGAACAUCAUCUGAAAAGAAUGAUCAAUAAAGCAAUGAUAGCUAUCAACAUCCCUCAUGCCCAUGAAAUGAUCGGCCGUAAAGAGAUAAUAGAAAUAGCAGCUGAGAUGGGUGUCUCUAUUUCAAGGCUCCAGGCCACAGAAAUUAUCCUGAGAGCUAGAGGUCCUCAACUUGAAGAAAACAGGACUUGAAACCUUGACGAAAUAGUUGCAUGGUUCAAAGAAAACUGAGAAAUUCUUAGGCCAAUAAAGAAGCACAACAAAAGUGUCCAACUGGAAUCUGCUAGAGUGAAUACUUUAUUCUCCACUACUCAAGAUUUUAGUUCAAAGACAUUUAGAAAAGGAAGGAAAGAAUUUUCUGCUCAGCCCAGGAUUCAUCGAAGAACUGGUAAUUCCUUUGACACAAAGUCCUCAAUGCUCUCGAAGCUUAAGAAAAUGGGUCCAAAAGAGCUAAGGAACAAUCCUGAUUUUAUGAAAGAUGUCAAUGAAUGCCUACAAAAUAUGAAAGAACUCCCGUCUUUAAGGAAGAAGACUCAAAAGGUCUUCUCAGAGAUGGAGAAAAAGAUGUUUAAGACACAGAAAGAAUCUGCCUUUAGUGCUAUACAAAGAUCUAGGAUGUACUUAUCUCUAAACAGGCUUCAAAAUUUGCACAACUACAAAUAAAAAACUAGACUCAAUGAUAAUGGAUUCUAGUAGAAUAACGACCCUCGGAGGGUCUUAUAGCACAGCUAGCUCUGUAAUUAGGUUAAGCAGACUACUGGCUCGGCCAUAUUUCAAGAAAGAGAAAAUAUUUGACCUGAAUUCUACAAUCAAGGGGAAAAGAAUAAAUCAACUAAAGUUGUAA